AUGGGUUUAUUAACUGAUCCUAGAGCAGGCACAGGAAAAAUGAUAAAAUUUCUCUUGAAAAGAGAGAAACAAUUGUGUUUUCUGCUUUAUAUUGGCGGUGUUAUAUGCACAAUGAUUUUAGCAGUACCAGUAUUUAAUGAUCAUACUUAUUUCUCUGAAAAUGCUUUAUUGCCUGGAUUAGUAACAAAAGAGAGCAAUUUAGAUCAAACAUCAAAACAAUUUUAUUAUGAAUUAUUACAUGAAAUGAAAAGAUAUCCAGAUAGUAUGCCUUAUGCAUGGCUGUCAGCAAAAUUUAAUCAACUUCAUCUCGACACUUUUAUCCAUAAUUUUUCAUUGAUAUAUCCAUUUAAGCAACAAAAAUUUACAGGACAAAAUAUUUAUGGAAUAGUUAGAGCACCCAAAGCAGCAAGUACUGAAGCAAUUGUUGUCAGUGUACCUUUCCGACCUAUUAAUAGUGUUUACUUAAGUACAGCACCUUCUGUUGCAUUGCUAUUAGCAUUUGCUAAGUUUUGCAGAAAACAAAAAUAUUGGGCCAAAGAUAUCAUUUUUCUUGUAACUGAAUAUGAACAAUUAGGUAUGCAGGCAUGGCUAGAUGCUUAUCACGGUGUUACAAGUGGUCAAGAAGGUAUAUUGGUAGCCGGUGACUUACCUGGCCAUGCUGGCUCUAUUCAGGCUGCCAUUAAUUUAGAAUUACAUGCAAUGAAAAUUUCAUCUAUAGAUGUUAAGGUUGAGGGACUAAAUGGACAACUACCCAAUUUGGAUCUUUUCAAUCUAGCUCAAAAUAUGAUUGCCAAAGAAGAAAUUCAAAAAACAUUCCAACGUAGAGUUGAUAGUACUGAUACAAAUAAGUUGAAAAAAUGGUGGUAUCAUUUUAACACAUUGAUGACAAUGGUAGUUACUCAAGCUACUGGUAUACCAAGUGGAAAUCAUGGAUUGUUUCACAGAUUUGGUAUUGAAGCUGUUACUUUAGAAGGAUUUGAAAGAAUUGGUAAAGCUUCAGAAGCAAAUUUUUAUCAAGUCGGCCGCGUAGUAGAGAGUAUGGUACGCUCGCUAAAUAAUUUAUUAGAACGUUUUCAUCAAUCGUACUUUUUUUACCUUUUACCUUCAACAGAUAGAUAUGUUUCAAUAAGUUUAUAUAUGCGUCCUUUAGUACUAAUUGUAGCUAGUCUUUUUAUAAAAGCAUUUUCUAUAUGGCAAAAACUCCAAGCUCCAGUAUUUCAAAGUGAUGAAAAAGACAAUUUACAAGUUCAGAAUGUUAAGGUAAAAAAAUUCGAUAUUGGGAAUAUUACUUCAGAAAUAUUAUGGGCACACACAUUUGGUGUAUGUUUGCUUUUAUCUCCACAAAUAUUUACUUCAAUUGGUAGACAAAUGUGGAAUUUGCGUACAGAAGAUUCUAUAUAUUUUGGUAAUGCUAUGGCUACAGUUUUAACGUUAUUGUGGCCUUUGACUUCAAUGAGAGUAGUAAAAUAUGAAAAUACGUUAUUGAUUUCUGUGAUUGCAUCAGUGGAAUUAGCUACAACUCUUAUAUGUGUUGCAAUGUGUAAUUUUUCAUUAGCAUUAUUAGCAGCAUCUGUAUAUGUGCCAGCUGCUUUAUUUAGUAAACCUAGACAAGGAUCUGUUCAGGGGUUCAGAAUUUUGUUAUAUAUAUUAUGGAUUUCACUUCACCCAUUUGUUGCAUCAUCUAUUGUUAUUUUAGGAUAUACUUAUGUGCACUUUCCUGAAGAAUCCUUGUUGUCUCUUAUAUUUAGUGGAUAUCGUGCCACUAAGCAAGCAUUUGUAUUCAGUAUUAUUGAUUCUAUGAUUUAUGGAAAUUGGUUUUAUAAUGUAACUAUGACUGUAAUGCUUCCUAUUUGGUUAUUAUUUUGGAAUAUUGUAUGUCUUAAAAACACAUAAUAAAUUUAUAGUAAACUCUUUACAAUCUAAAA